AUGUCAACUAACUCGUCGGAACGCACAGUCACCGCCUCUCCCGUCACUUCUCCGACCGCCGCAACAAACACUCUUUCAUCGGCGCACCAUUUUGUAUCAAUCAAGCUGACCGCCUGCAACUUCCUCUUCUGGAGGACGCAGCUCGUGUCGUUCCUCCGUGGGCAAGGGCUUCUCGGAUAUGUUGACGGCGAGACGCCAUGCCCACCUCUGAUGAUUAACGCUGCCCCCGCUUCCGACGAAUCUACCUCCGCCGCAACAACGAUAGUAUCGACGGCAAACCCGGCUCAUAAAGCCUGGAUCCAGCAGGAUCAGUCAAUACUAUCCAUCCUCAUCUCUUCCCUUUCAAAUGAGGUCAUGUAUCUGGCUGUUGGCCAGAAUAAAUCGCGGGAGGUCUGGGAUUCCGUCGCCGCAGCUCUGGGUAGUUCUACCCGUGCCCGUUGCCUGAGUUUGCUCGGCCAAUUCCACUCACUCCGGCAGGGCAACAACACGCCGGCUGAAUACCUUGGGCGUGCGCAGCUGCUCGUAGAAGAUCUGGCAUUGGCUGGUAGGCCAAUCUCCCUUGACGAACAGAAUUUGUUCGUGUUCAGAGGCCUACGUCCAGAGUUCAGGAGCAUGGCGUCAUCCCUUACAGCCUCAGGUAUCCCCGUCUCAAUCCCACAACUAGUAAACUUCUUACAGGCGCAGGAGUUCAUUUUGGCGGAUGAUUUUACGGCGGGUUCGGAUGGUGGUUCUGGCAGCGCUCCGAUAGCCAUGUAUGCUGGGCGUGGCUAG